AUGCAUCCUAAAGUCCAAGCUCACAACAUAAACUAUCCUCAUUCUUUGAUUCAUCUGAUACAGGGCAACUUAUUUCAUGGAUUACCAAAUGAGGGCCCCUAUGCACAUCUGGCAACGUACAUAGAAAUUUGUAACACUGUGAAGAUUGCAGGAGUGCCAGAUGAAGCCAUUAGGCUAAGUUUAUUUUCAUUUUCUAUGGCAGGAGAAGCCAAGAAGUGGCUCCAUUCAUUCACGGGUAACAGUCUGAAGACAUGGGAGGAAGUUGUUGAGAAAUUUCUGAAGAAAUACUUCCCCGAGUUAAAGACUGCAGAAGGGAAAUCUGCUAUUUCAUCAUUUCACCAAUUCCCUAAUGAAUCCUUGAGUGAAGCAUUAGAGAGGUUUCGGGGUUUGUUGAGGAAGACUCCCACAUAUGGAUUCUCUAAACCAAUUCAAUUGAACAUGUUUAUAGAUGGGCUGAGACCACAAACCAAGCAGUUGUUAGAUGCUUCAGCAGGAGGAAAGAUAAAGCUGAAGACCCCUGACGAGGCAACUCAGUUGAUUGAAAAUAUGUCUGCCAGUGAUCAUGCUAUUUUACAUGAUAGAGUGCAUCAACCCACCAAGAAAAGCUUAUUAGAGUUACAAGUUGUACCAUUUGUGGUGGUGCCCAUGAAUCCGGCCAUUGUAUUCCUUUUGAAGAACAAAUGCAGGAAGUUAGUUACACAGGAAAUCAACAAAGGAAAGGAUACAACCAAGGAGGAUUCUCAGGUUUCCAGCAAGGUCCCUACAAUCAGCAAGGACAAUGGAGAUCACAUCCUGGUGGGUCAACUGACCAAGCAGUUAGUUGAGAAGUCAUCCAACAACUUUGGGGAAAAUAUUGAGAAGAAUCCCAAAGAAGAGUGUAAAGUUGUUGUAACAAGAAGCGGGAAGCUUGUGGCGGCUGAGGAUGAGGACGUUGUUGCUUUGAAGGAGCAAUUUGCUUUCAAGGACACUACUGUUAAAAAGAAAAAUGAGAUGCCACUCUACUCAAAGUUUUUGAAAGGUUUGUUGACAAGGAAGCACAAGUACAUUCACCAGGAGAAUAUCAUUGUGGAAGGCAACUGCAGUGUUGUGAUACACAAGAUCCUUCCACCAAAACACAAGGACCCUAGAAGUGUGACUAUUCCUUGUUCAAUAGGUGAAGUCACAGUGGGAAAGGCUCUCAUUGACUUGGGGGUCAAUAUCAACUUAAUGCCACUAUCCAUGUGUAGAAGGUUAGGAGAGUUGGAAAUCAUGCCCACCAGAAUGACUUUACAGCUUGCUGAUCAAUCCAUCACAAGGCCUUACAGGGUAAUUGAAGACAUUCUGAUAAGAGUUAAGUAG